UAGUAUUAGGCCAGGAUACAAAAGGUUAGGGACCUCGUUGCAAUAGUUUUUGUGUCGGAAACGGAAGUGCGAUAUCUCGAGCUGCUUGGGUACCAAAGUAACAAUUUACCCCGAACAAUUGGUUCUUCGAGUUCUACACAUACUACUCCUUUGGUUUCUCUCUCUCACCACCAUGAGCGGCGGCGUUGCGGCGAUCCGCGGCGGCUUCGACCACCCGAUGGGCGGCGACGGCGAGAGGAAGAAGCGCCGCGCCGAGGAGGAGGAGGAGGACGACGAGGACAACGAUGGGAGAGGCAUGGACGCGUGGGCGUGGGAGGCGCUCCAAGAGGACGAGGCGGGGCUCCUACGGCCCCUCGACUCCAAAACCCUAGUCCACGCCCAGUAUCGGAAGCGCCUCCUCCUCAGAUCCUCCGCUCCUUCCUCUUCCUCCUCUCGGAUUCAAAAGGGCCUCAUUCGGUACCUCUACGUCGUCUUCGAUCUCUCUCGGGCAGCUUCAGAGACAGAUUAUCGCCCUAGUCGAAUGGUGGUGGUCGCUAAAUGUGCCGAGGCAUUCAUCAGGGAGUUCUUCGAUCAAAACCCAUUGAGCCAUAUCGGUCUCGUGACAAUAAAAGACGGUGUUGCUCAACGGCUAACAGAUAUAGGAGGUAGUCCAGAGUCACAAAUUAAGGCAUUGAUGGGAAAGCUCGAAUGUUCUGGCGAUGCUUCCUUGCAGAAUGCCCUAGAACUUGUUCAUGGAUAUCUGAACCAAAUCCCUUCUUAUGGCCACCGCGAAGUCUUAAUCCUGUAUUCUGCUCUCAAUACCUGCGAUCCAGGGGAUAUAAUGGAGACAAUUCAGAAAUGCAAGCAGGCUAAGAUUAGGUGCUCAGUUAUUGGCCUAGCAGCUGAGAUUUUCAUAUGUAAGCAUUUGUGUGAGGAGACCGGAGGAUCCUAUACUGUGGCUCUGGAUGAGUCACAUUUCAAGGAAUUGUUACUGGAGCACGCUCCUCCACCCCCUGCGAUAGCAGAAUAUGCCGCUGCUAAUUUGAUCAAGAUGGGGUUUCCUCAGAGAGGGGCAGAGGGUGUUAUCUCUAUUUGUUCAUGCCACAAGGAAAUAAAGGUUGGCGGUGGCUAUACUUGUCCGAGAUGCAAGGCCCGUGUAUGUGAGCUGCCCGCUGAGUGUAAAAUUUGUGGAUUGACGCUGGUCUCUUCUCCUCACCUAGCGAGAUCUUACCACCAUCUUUUCCCUGUAACACCAUUUGAUGAAGUAUCAUCUAUGUUUUCAAGCAAAUUGAAUCAGAAGGCACCACAAACUUGUUAUAGUUGCCAAGAGAGCCUCGCCGGCCACGGGAAUAAAUCCAAUCUCCACGUUACCUGUCCGAAGUGCAACCAACACUUUUGCCUCAACUGCGAUAUCUACAUUCACGAGAGCUUGCACAAUUGUCCCGGUUGCGAGAGCCACCGGAGCUUGCCUAUGUAAGAGCUUGAGUUAUUUUUUUUCUUCUUUUCUUUUUCUCUUUUAAAAAAAAAAAAAAAAAUUAAUGUAGCAUGGGGACGGUUAUUUAUUUGAUGCCAUUUUAAAGAAGCCAGAAUUAAGAGCCAAUGUAAUUUGACCAACUCAAUGUUGCUGCAUUAAAGGUUUGUAUUUAAUGCUAUAGAGCAGCUCCAGUUUUUCGUUUUGGAGUAAUGUCCAAAAUUUACUUGAAAA